UUAUAGUUCACUUCCGUGUCUGCGCAGUCUAUGACGUCAUCAUAGAACUUGGAUGUGAGGCCCCGUGUCGAUAUUUCUGUGUUACCUUCAUUGGAAAAUGGACUUGUAGGGUUCCAUCGCUUACCAGAUUAGUGUUUCAAAAGUAACUUAAGUUGAGCUCCAAAAGGGACAAGCACAUUUUAAAGUUUGUUACCAUCACCAUUAUUGUGUUUAUAGCUAUAAUCGGUUUCUGAAAGAAAAACAUUUAUUGACUUCCAUUGAUGGAGAGUUGAGUUUGAUUGCACAGAGCCGGUAUAAUUAAUUCUCAGAAUUCAUUUGUAAAGUCCUUUGGAAAAUAGUUGUCAACAUGCCAUUGUUUGGUACCAAGACAAAAAGCCCACAGGAACUGGUCAAAUCACUGAAGGAAAAUUUGGCCCUGUUGCCGAAUUUGAAAGAAAAGGAAUAUAAAAAGGUUAGCGAGGAGGUCUCUAAGACACUUCAGUCCAUUAAAACAUUACUGUAUGGCACUGCUGACCAGGAACCUGCUACAGAGCAGGUGGCAAUGCUGUCCACAGAGAUGUACCAGAGUAACACAUUACCUUUACUUAUACAGAACUUGGCUCGUGUAGACUUUGAGGGUAGAAAGGAUGUUGUUGCUAUUUUCAAUAAUUUGUUACGUAGGCAAAUAGGUACCCGUACCCCAACAGAGGAGUACAUUUGUUUAAAUCACUCAGUUUUAAUUGAAUUAGUCAAAGGCUAUGAGAAUCAAGAAAUAGCCCUCAAUUGUGGAAUGAUGUUACGUGAGUGCUGUAGAUUUGAAAGUCUUGCUAAAAUAUUAUUGAAUGCUCCAGAGUUCUACAAAUUUUUUGAAUAUGUGGAGGUAUCCACUUUUGAUAUUGCUUCUGAUGCUUUCUCUACAUUCAAAGAGCUGUUGACAAAACACAAGAUGUUGUCGGCUGAAUUUUUGGAACACAAUUACGAUGAGGUGUUCAUGCACUACCAGUCACUCCUCAACUCUGAUAACUAUGUCACUCGUAGACAAGCUCUUAAGCUUCUUGGAGAACUGCUACUUGACCGUCACAAUUUUAGCACCAUGAAUCGCUACAUCAGCAAUCCAGAGAACUUGAAAUUGAUGAUGAACAUGCUUAGGGAGAAGUCCAGGAACAUUCAAUUUGAGGCCUUUCAUGUCUUCAAGAUUUUUGUUGCAAAUCCCAAUAAGCCAAGGCCUAUUCUGGACAUUUUACUUCGCAACAAGGAAAAGCUAGUUGAUUUCCUGACUCGAUUUCAUACCGAGAGAUCUGAGGAUGAGCAAUUCAAUGAUGAGAAGAGCUACCUCAUUAAACAGAUCAAAGAACUGAGGGCUCCGGAGGAGGGAGAGUCUUAGCCGUCUGCCAGAAAUGUGUAGGGUCAAGAAAAGCAGUGUUUCAAGUUGUUUAGAUUUUCUUUGAUUGAGGGAAAUAUUUUAUAUAGUACAUACAUAUAUAUAUGUUACUACUAAAUAUAUAUAUAUAUAAUAUAAAAUAUAUAUAUCUCAUUACAAUGUUAGUUCAAAGUUGGCAUCACUAAUUGCUUACUUAAUUAUUUUUUUUCUCCGUGUGUGUUGUCCUAUUUUGAUCUUUAUUUCCCAAACUAAAGUUGGCACGCUUUUUCCGCUGGGAAGUGUGAAUGCUCUGAGCUGAUGGUCUUAAGUUUCCUCUUUUCCUUUCAAAUUUUUGAAUGGAAACAUUUUUGUUGCUGGCACUUGUGUAAAGCUGAGGGGAAACAGUUGUCGGCUAAUAGACAAGCGUGUUGGGUCAAAUACGGACCUGAGUCUGUCCUAAUGAAAAAAAGAAAAAUUUGUUGCCAUUGGAGGCAAUAAAUGAGAUAUAAGGACAAUCCAGUAUCUGACAUCCUAAAUUAUUAUCUCUGUAUUCAUUCAAAUGCUAUUUGUAUUUAUUUUUUUAUCAUCAUUAUUUGUACAACUUCAUUAGCUUUUGGAUCCCAAGUGUUUAAAAGCAGAUUUCUAAACCAUAGAAUAAUUAAAGCAUAUCUUACAUGUUUUAGAAUAAAUAUGGAAACUUUCAUCAAAACAAAAUUAGCAACUAUACACUGUUUUCAAGUUAUAAAAAAUUAAUUAGAAUUCAUAUUUCCCAACAAUUUUAGUAAUUAUGCUUUUCUAAACAUUAUUUGUAAUAUAAGAGCUUUAAAAAUUUAUAAGUGAAAAUCAAUACUCAUUACAAGAUGAUUCUCAUAUUAACUUGAUGACAUUUGUGAUUUCUUAAGUUUUGGCUGCACACACAUAUGGCUUAGUUAGUUGUCCAAAGUCGCUAUCAUAGUUCUUUGAUUUGUUUUCCUGUUUCAAUCCAUUCAAAAACACAUUGUGCAUUUCCCACACCCAGUGAUGUGGUUGUUAUUUUGGUGUCUCUUAGCUGAAUAAAACAUAUGUUAGUGUCCUGAUGUUUAGCUAAGUUGUCCUAUUGAACUGAAUAAAACAGCAAAGUUUUGGUGUCCUGAUGCUUGUUUGUUCAUAUUUAACAGUCUGUGGUAUCUAUUGUAACUUUUUUUUUUUGUAUGUUUGUGCAACAGCCUUUGUUCUGUUUCAAUUGUAUGUUUGUGCCAAGGGCUUUGUUUACAGAGUCCAUUAUUUGAGGAAAUGGCUUUGUGUGUGUACUUGUGACCAGUAUUCAAACUUGGUUUCUUGUUUAUGUCUAAAAUGAGUUUUGUGUUUAUUUAUUAUAUUUGUGCAUUUCUAUUUAGGCUUGUAUGAAAUUAAAAAUCCAAACACAUCUCUUUUAUUUGACUAUUUAGUUGUUCUAUGUCCUCUUUUGUUUGAUUAGUUAUUGUUCUAUGUGUACAAGUUUUUUUCUUUGGAUCCUUUAAAGUAAAAAAAAAGUUUAUUAACUCUUUUUUUUUUUUAAUUAAAAAAAUGUGUUUCUUUUCAAAUGUUGAAACAUUGAUUUAUAAAAUUUCUCUUUUCGUUUUUUUGCAUUAGUGAUAGUAUUGAGUCUUUUCACAAGUGUUUGUGCUUUGUUGUUUCAGUGUAAAUCAUGUAAUGUUGGCCCAUGUAUAAUUAAGAUUACUUCAUGUUUAUGAGCUAUAUUUGGUUAUAAUACUCCCUGCCUCUGUUCUUUUUAACAGUUUUUGUUGUGUAAGUCGCAGUUCAUAAGAGAUUCAAAGUGUAAAUCACUCUGAGCUACUAAACAGUAGAUUCAGUGGUGAGUUGUCAUUGGACUUGUAGCACGAAGUCGUUUCCUUUUCUUAACCUAGUGAAUGCUACAUAUACAUUAACUGAAAGAUAAAACCUUUAAAAAUUAUUUUUUUUAUUUUGGGGACAUAACAUUUUUUAUUAAUUUUAAAAAUAUUUUUGUCAGCAAGUUGACCAGUAGUGUUAGUUUGACCCCUUACGCCUCUGCUCUAUGUCUGCACUGUUUUGUUAUCCUUGUAGCAGGGUUUUAUUUUUACAGGGAGUUUUCUUGUUACUUGUACUGUAUACAUCUAAAAGUUCAGCUUUUAAAUAACUGAACAUUUUUCAGAAGUCAAAAAUAUUUUUUGUUUGUUUGUUUUCAUUUUAAUUUAAAUGUUCUUAAAAUUUCAAUGUCUUUGAAAAGGUCAGACAUAUUAUUUUGUUAUUACAUAAAGGGACAAAGUUAAAACUAAAAGUUCUUAAUUUAUUGUUGUGAUGUCUUCUCAAGAUGUCAGCAUGAAACAGUUGAACAGUUGGCUACGAAUAACAUUUGAUUUGCUACUUGUUUCGAUGUUUCAGUCAAUGUCAUUGCGAUGUUCUUUCUCAAUUAAACCGUGAAUUUUCAUUAUAUGCAUUGUUUUUCCAUGUGAUAAGCUACACAAACCUUUUUUUUUUUUCUUUUUCUAAAUGAGUUAAAUGACUUAGUCCUAGUUGGUUAUAAUAAUUAUCUCAAUCUCAUUGGUUGUCAUUAACUUGAUUUAGGGGCUGACUUGAUCAAGUGUUGGAUGACUUGAUCAAGUGUUGGAUGACUUGAUCAAGUGAUGGGUGAAUUGAGCUUUUUUGUUGAUGCUACUGAUUCCAAUUAUUUGUAAUGCUAAAACCUUGUGUCAAACGUUUGUGUUGAAAUGAGUGAAUCUUUUGAAACAAAAUUAAGAACAUUAUUAAAAGAGGUAAAAAAAAAAAAGACCAGCUUUUAAUUAAUAAUGGUUUCAAGUGAUAAAACAUUCAGUGGAAUGAGAGCUGUCUUAACUAACAAUUGUUAUUCCAGUUAAAUAGGUUUAUAGACUUUUGGGGUGAUUUUUUUUCCCAUAUUAUGGAUAGGUUUUUAUAUUAACUUUGUAUACUUUAGGGGUGUAUCUGAUAUUUGUGAGCUAGUCUAAUCUUUCAAAUAGACCUGGACAGCAUUUGUAUCUGACAAAAAGGAAACAAUUUAAUUCUGUUAACGAAAUAAAUAAUUAAAGUUUGGUUUGUUGAGAAUGAUUUGAAGUCUUCAGAUUGUUAUUUGUUCCAAUACGUUUUUACAAUUACUUGUGGCAAGCAUACUGUUUGCUGAAAGUUACAUUUGUGUAAUCUAGAUACUGAUUCCUCAGGUCCCAACUUUUUUAUAAAUUAUGAAAACUUUUUUUUAAGACUUCAGCUGUGAAGUGAUUAUAUUACAUCAUUAAAUAGGACAGUUUACUGGGCUCUGGUUAUUCAUUUUAUAGAUCAAUUAAAUUGUAAUGUUUUGCUUAAAGAUACCUUUUAAAAUUAAAUUUUUAUAUUUAUUUAGAUAGAUCACUGAAAAAAAGUUUAAGUAAAUACAAAUGUACUAUACAAAUUUUGUGUGUGUGGUAAAAUUAAUAUCCUUACCAUACACUUUUUUUUCCCAGUAGAAAACAAAUAAAUAUUCCAGAUUUAAGAAAUCAUUCCAGUUCUAGUUAAAACACUGACCUAUAUAGCUCUUUUUGUUUUGACCCUGUGUUGUAGGUCAUUGAGUACAUAAAUGUUGGAAAAGUGUUUUAUUACAACAUACAUGUUUUCCUUUCAUUCAAAGCCUGAUGAUCACUGCUGAAGUUCAUGUGCGAUUGUCUCUCCUUAGCAUCCGAACCUUUUUUUUUUUACAUUGCAACUUAUUUUUCCACCAGUUCAAAAGACUGGACUGAAGAUCAAAAAAGAAAUUGCUGCUUGUUUCAUUUUAACACGGAGAGUAGAACUAUUUUGUCAUCUUCAGAAAUCAUUUGAUUGGUCGCAGUAAAUUUGCUGAAAGGCAAAAUAUUCUUUCUGUACUAAAUUCAACCUUAAGAUGAAAUAUGUGAUUAUGAUGACCCUAUUAGUUUUGAUUCAGUAUUUGAUUCACUUGUAUGGGCCAUUUGGUUGUAAGCUCAUUGUCUUAGUGUGUAAGAAUGGUUGAUAUGGUCAUGUUUAGUAUCGAGCAUGAUGCUUCUUUGGCUUUGUUAUGUAUUCUCAACAGAUAGCUCUUUUGUUCAUUCUGUUGUCAUAUCUAUUGAACUGAUAUAUUUGGGUGGACUUUUGUAUAUUAUAUUCUCACUUUGAAGAUUAAGUAAUCAAAAAUAAAUAAUAAAGGACUGACAUUAAUCACUGCACAUUUGCCUAAGUAAUUUUUUUAUUAAGUUUAGAGAUUACUGAGAAAAACUAAGUCACUACCUUAUUUUGCGAAUAAAAUAAUUGCCAAUAUUUGUCCACUUAAGUUCAAAGUUCAGUAAAAUAACUAUAGCACCCAAUUAUCUAUUUAAAAACAUUUGUUCAUUGUUUUGAAAGUAAUUAUAUUGUAGUGCCAAGCUUUCGAGUAUAAUUUUAAAGAAAAAAAAAAAUUUUUUUGUGCAAAUUAAAAUAGAACUGUUACAUGUAUAUCUAUAUCAAACUUAUUAUAUCAUGCAUACAUCAUUCACUUGUGUUGGUAAAUAUAAAAAAUGCUCUGAAAACAACCUGAGCCAAAAUAAACUAAUAAAGUAAAAACCAAUCUAGGAGCAUGACAAAAGUUUCAAGGAUCCAUUUAGUUUUGAAAACAGUUUGCCAUGUUUGAAUUGGAGCUUGGCAUUGAUGUAGAGAAAUAAAAACAGUUAAUUUGUAAAUUUCUUGUUAUAUAGGUAGUUACGUUUGUUUUUUUUAAUUGUAUGUAGCUUAGAUUCUAAAGAGAAAAAAAAAAACAUACUAAAUUAAUGACAUCCUAAUGAGAGAAUUGGAACAGUCAUUAUUAUUAUGUAAACAUUUCUUUAUUAGAAUAUUUAGUUUUGCUAUUAUUUCAUAUGCUCAUUUGCUUAUCAGCAUCUAGGGAUGAACCAUUUAUCUUCUGGUUAGCUUCUUUUGGCCUUGAAUCAUCUAUAUUCUGUUUUCUGUUAAGUUUUUUUGGUCGUACUUUAAUUAUUUUUGUGUUAAGUGUUUUUUACUAAUUCAUUAAGUCACAUAUUUGACAGUUUUCAUUUCUAGCUUUUGUUUGAUAGCUUCCCUUUGGUUUGUCUGUGUUAACAACCUUUUUCUUUACAUGAUAGCUAAUUUUCUAGUUAAGCCUUGAAUUACAUAUUCUUGUUAUUUUUAAUUAAUUUUUUUCACUAUUAAUUCUAAACACUUCUAUGUUUAAAUACACCUUUUACUGUAAACACACAAUUCACUGCAAACUAAAUUCAGUUUUCCAUAUACUUUUAUGAACAAAUUGGUAGUGACACCACUGGUUAUAAGGUUGUCAAAUUCUUAAAAAUGGCCGGGAAAUAGAGAUUGUCUAGAACACUCAACCAUUAUAAAACUGUCACUAAUAGCUACUCUGGGAAUGAAACGUUGACCCAUUUUUGUGAUUGACACCAUGUUCAAUGUAUUUGCACUCAUUAUUACUGAACUCAAGAUCCUCUUAGAGCAGGCAGGACACGGGGAUACAGUCUAUUGGUAGAAUUCCUUAUUUAGAGGAGACUUUCUUAUCCCAAGGUGUUGACCUAGACAGUACAGGUGAAAUAGAGAUGACCUGUAUCUUGCUUUCAUUAGGAAUUUAACAUGAGAUCAGUAACUUGGUAGCUGAAACAUUCAACAUAAAAUUAUGUUCUUAGUCAUUUAUUUUGUGUGCAUACAUUGUGAGAUUUUUAACAUGUACACAAUCUUUUUUUUUUUCUCUUUACUAGUUGAGAUGGAUUUUUUUUUUUGCAUUGUACAUAUUUUUCAACUUUAAAAACAACAACACCAAUAAAAAACAACUCUUGAAUAUGUGAUUUAAAGAAAAAAAUUUUUUUAAUCAAAAAAUUGUAUUUCUACCAUCAUGUACAUUGGCCAACUGUUUUUUUGUUGUCUUGCUUCAAACUUGACUAAAGUGAAAGCAAUCAAUAGUCUGUAGACUAAGGAACAACUAACUUAGAGACACCCUGUACGUCUCUUGUUUUGUUUUGGGUGUACAUCAACAGACACAAUGUAUAAAGUUAUUGCAUUGAUUGUACAGUAUUUCUUUUGCACACUUGUGAUGAUGGCUACACAGAACAGUACCAAAGUGAAAUGUCAUAUAAAUAAUGCUCCUGAUGGUGAAUAUAGUUUUAACAUUUAAUGUUUGUUAUUAGUUUUAAAUAUGCUUCUAGACAGCUGUCUGAAUAAGGUUAUACAUUUUGGAUUUUUUAAAUCAAAAACGAAUUACAAACCCCCAAUAUCCUGUACAAAUCAACACUAAAUUAAAUAUAAUUUUAGAAAAUAUACAUAUGUAUCCUUUUGUGGGCUAUCAUCACCUCUGCAUCUUGUAAAGUGUACAAUAUUAGUGAUUAGCCAACUUUCCGUGACAAUGCAUUUGUUAAUUGGACAAUCAGUUGGUAUAUUAUGUAUGUUUAAUUGAAAUUCAUAUCAUAAAUAGCAAGAAUGGUUGAGUUCAGUCAAUGAGUUCUCAUUUAAAACAUUUCUUUUACAACAGCAUGAUGGAGCUUUAGGGUUAGGGUUAGAUCAGUCAAUUUUUUUUUUAUUUGUAUUCUAUAAAUGCUUGUGAUCAAACUAAACACUUAGAUAUGUACACGCAGUAUUAAUGAAUGGAUGAUGCUUACUAAAAUAGUCACAAAAAUAGUCAUUUGAUAAAUAAAUCAGUUUUGAAAACAAACAAACUAACUAGUGUUAGAAAUAGAAAGGAAUUUGCCCUUCCUGACCUCUUUCCUCACACCCCCCCCUCCCAAAAAAAAACAAAACAUUUUAAUGUAUAAAAAAAUAUUUGUGGGUUUAGGUUUGAAGAAAAUGACAAAUCAAUACUAGUUUUGUCUGGUAUUUUCACUCAAAAUUAAUUAGGAUUAAUGAGGAUUAUUGAGUUGAAAAGUUUAGAUUUGAAAUGAAUAAUGUAGAGUGGAGUCCAGAUAGUGUGAAAUGAUUGGAAUCGGACCCAUUUCAAUUAACAAUGUGGAGUAACAUCAACUGCUACAGGAUAAACUCAGUUUCUUUGAUUUCAUGGUUGUGAAAACAAUUCUGUGUAGGAAGUGCAUGACUAGGGAACCAAAUGUUUCUUAUACACAAGUCAAAGUAGUUUUCUAUAUUUUUCAUUCCUAAAAAUAGUCUAAAUUUUGGUUUCAGAUAACAGCAGACUUACAUAUUGUCAUAGUUUGGAUUAUCUGGACUCCACUGUUUUAAUCUUCUGAGAGUAUUGAAAGAUUGUGUCUAAUUAAGGUUUUUAAAAAAACUAAACAAAUUUAAUAUAAUAUGUUAUUUCAGACGCUUCUUCCACAAAGUUUGUUGACAGCUUUUCAACCUAAUGAUAAAAUUAAAAUUUCAUCUUUUCUUGAAAUUAUUUUAAAAAAAAAAGAGCCUGUAUUUGUCAAGUGUCAAUGCUACUUCAAGAACUAGAUAGUCCUUUUCUUGUUCAAUAAACUGUGGGUCAAGUCUAUCGAUUCAUUCCUUUGAUUCGGCUUUAUUCUUUGACAGUUGCACUUCUUUUUAGUGAGGUUUUGAUUUUCGGCAUCCAAUAUUGAGAAAAAGCCACCAUUUAUUUUGUGCUGUCUGUUGGUUUAAUGUUAGAUCUAAAAGAAAAGAUGUAUGAAAAAUUUCAUUGCUGCCUUCAUCCUGCUGGCAAUAAGUCCAGUAGGUCUCCGGAAAAAGUUUUAUUAUCAAACUUGCAUGUUUUAUACACAUAACCAUUUUUAAAACAAGAGAUAUAAAAGUCAGUUGACAUUAUCCACAGCCUAAUCUCAUCAUCAUUGAUCACACUUCAAAAUCUGAUUGCAUUAGCAUCUUCAUCAUGUUUAAGAUAUAUGUUCAAAGACUACUUGUGGUCAUAUGAAAGUGCGCCCUUUGGUUUAAAAAAUAGAGUAUGCAAAUUGUAUGCACAUACAUGUAAACUGUUUUUGAAACAAGGUUAAGUAGGGAGUUUGUGUUAUUCUUUAACUGUAUGGGAUUAGGAUAAGCCACAAAACUCAAAGAAAAUUACUAAGUCAUGCAAGAUUUUAAUGUUUCUACUUUAUCUGGGAAUAAUGAUCUCAAUUUGGUUAAUUUGAGGUUAGGGCAACUGCUUUGUCUGCAUCAGAUGUAGGAAAAUAUGCAGGCAACUGAGUUUGCAUAGCCAUGUGAAACAUUGCAUUCAGCUUCAAUCUUUAGAAUUAAAGACAUUGCCAUUCAUUGUGAAUGUGGUCUAAGUGUGAGUUAGUGCUUUACUAUGUCAGGGUGCCACCUCUUAAGUCUGUGUAAUACAAACUCCCUUUGUCAUUUCAUCUUUUUUCCAUUUUGUAUUAGCCGUUUUUACAGUCUAGACUUCCUAUUGUACUUGUGUAAAUUUCUCUUUUUCUUACUUCUAUUACAGAGUUGUGUUUGUUUUAUUUUAUUAUCUAUUAAAUUAUAUUUGUGUGGUUAUGUUUGGCUCUUUAAAAUCAAGACUAUGGUAUCUCUUUUUGUUUUUUUGUUCUGUAAAUAUUUGACUUGUAUUUUAUAUUGGAACAAUAACUGCAGAUCAAUAUUGUAUAAGUGAAGUUAUGAAUAGAAAACAGCCCAAUGAAUAAAAUCUUGUCAUUGUUGCUAGGUCAUAGUUUAAAAAGAAAAAGUAACUUGUUAUUGCUAGAUCCCAAAUGUAAACAAUGAAUCUUACCAAACCUAGAACUUGUAUUUAAUCUUUAAACAUUUAGUACAAAGAUACAGAGCCUAAUUAUACUUCAUUCUAUCAUGGACCUUUGUUUUUCUAUUUGCCUGUUACAUUUUCUGAUGUGUUUUAAAAGCAAUCAGUAGUAUUAGUUUCACGAAAUGAACAUUGGUCCAAAAACUAUUGAGUUAAAAAAAUAAACUGAACAUGUAUUCUUCAUUUAUUUUCUGGAAUACCAUGCAAUGAAAAAACAUUUUUAGCUAAAGGACUGACAUUCAUAUCUGAUUUCAAUGUUUUUUUGUAUUUUGGAUGCAGAAAGGAUUUCCUUUAGGCCCCAAUAGAACUCCUGUGGUACAUCUUGACACUUUGUAUAGCUCAUUGAAAGUAAAGUAAAAUACCCCUUUCCACUUAGCGAUCUAGAGGGCAGAUGAUGAACGAGGGUGUCAGGUGGCUAGCACAAUGACCAACUAUACUUUGCCCAACUAAUGUCUCGUACUUUUUAGAGUUGGGUGGACUCAGGGGUGUCCUACAAAUCCUGAAGUUAAGUGCUUUACCACUCAACCACCUCUAUUGUUCAUUAGUUUCUCAAAAAUACUAAAUCAUUGUUUUAAAAGGUAGAUUAAUUAUGCUUUAAAUAUGUUGUAUGCAUGUCUGUUCUAUAAAACAAUUAACCUAUUAAUGAACAAUUAACGUGCAUAAUUGGCUUUUGAGUUUAUAACGUAUUGAAAUAAAGCAAUAAUUUUUUUUUUCCAAAUUUUUCUAUUUUGGACCUUUCAAUUUUCCCUUAGUAUUUCUGAAUAAGUAGUUCAGAUAAAAAUAAGAUUUGUGCAGAACUAAAAACAUCACAAUCCUGUUUUUGUUAAAGAUGAUUGAAUUCUAGGGGUUGAGUCUGAUGAUCUUAACAACUCUUGAUUUAGUACAUUCAAAUAUUUGAUUCAAAGAAAGCUUAUCGAAAAGAUUGCAAUGACACUGUCAAGCUUGUUAGUAAUCUUAUCAAAUUUGUUUGUCUGUAUAAUUGAUUACAAUUGUUGUAUUGUCUGCUUCCAGGUAGAGUUGCAUUUAAAAUUAACAACAAAAAUGAAUGAAAAAAAGCUUUAUCAUUGAGAUCAUUACAUAACAGAAUGCCAACAUUUUUUUUUUAAAUUUACAUUUUGUAUGCUAUUUGCUGCUGCACCGAGAAUUAAACUUUUUGUAAUAAUUUAUGUCCCAUAUGUGUAGGGGACAUGUGUGUUUCAUUUGUAAAACUUAAAGUGCCAACACAUGUAUUGAAAUUAGUCUUCUAUUAUUAAUGAUACUAAACAUUUUUUCAGAACAGUUUGACUUUUUUUUUUGUUAAUGCAUUGGAUCAGUCCUCUCGACUUGUAUCUGAAGUGUAUUAGAUCAGUCUUUUGUGACUAAUAAUACAAAAACAUUUAUCAAAAACAGUCAUGUGUGACAUAUAACUAAGUCAACAGUUGUGUACUUAGCCACUGUUUCCCAAAGAUGUAUGUCUGUAUGAUUUAUUACAUUUAAGUGGACAUGUCAAAAUAUGUAUGUAUUAUAUGUGCCUAUUCAACUUAUUUGCAUCUUUAUAGGACAUAAAUCUAGUGCUGAUAGGACAUUAAUCUAAUGCAGGAAGAACAUUAAUCUAUUGCAGUUCUCUUUUCAAAGAUUUUAUUUAACUGAAGAAAUGGUUAGAUGUCAAAAUAGUGAAUACAUUUUUAUUUUAUCUAGGAAUUAGUUGUUUAGUUGGUACAACACAGACACAAAAUUGUCAGGGCCAUGUUUUAAUCACAUGUAGCAGUAGAACCAAUCACUUUCUUCUAUAUUCAUUGCAGACAUGGCCUGCCUGAUGAAAAAAUCAGAUAAGCUUUUGUGUUUGAAAGGUUUUCUUGCUGCUGUUUGGUUUUGAUUUAUUAAUGACAAUGUCUUACUAAUUCACAUUUUUUUUUUUUUUUGCAUCAUUUUUAUUAGGUUUGAGUUUCAGAGACAACACAAUAAGCUUUUUGUUUCUUAUCAAAUAUUUGCAUAAAAACAGCUUUAGAAUUACUUUUUAACAAAUAUUUUUAUUUAUAAAAUAUAGAUUCCAAUAGUUGGAACAGUCUUAAUAAUGUACAUGUUCAGUGUGUUAUUAGAACAUGGAAAGUUUUGUGUUAAAUGAACAAACACAUGACUGCGCGUAGGUUUUAACAUUUUUUUAAAAUAGACUAAUGCUUAUAAAUGUAUACUUCUUGUACAUCUAUCUAAUGACACUGUAAAGUCACUGAGUCCCUGAUGAUAUAUUACUCUAAUGCUUCUAGUUUUAUGGCUUGACUUGCUGUUUCUUGGACUAUUGGAGAAUGUGAUAGAAAUCUUGCCAGAACAAUGAUGGUUGUUAAUGUCUCCCACAUAGGUGGCCUUAGUGUGUUUGGUAGCAGCUAUAACUGAGCUACUCUCUCUUUCUUACACAAACACAUUUUCUUCCAUUGGUUCUUUAGUCAAAGACCUCACUAAAACUUAGGUAUGUAAACAAAAAAAAAGGGGCAUACCAGUGUAUGAAAGAAACUCAUCUCAGAUUAAGACUUUUGUUUUAUCAGCAAAUGGUUUUUGGUUUAUGACUUGAAAGUCUUAAUGAGCUUUAUUAUUGUGGAGUUUAUUUAAUGCUUAUCAGCUUAGAUCAGUUUCUAAUGAUUUGGUCAGUGUUUGGAUGCAUUUUGGGAAAAGAAUUUUAGGAAAAAUAUUAUAAUUCUAUUUGCCAAACAAAUUAAAACAUUAAUUCUUUCUUUUUUCAGUUCCAUAAAUGAGAAAUCUUAUCAUUUAAAAAAAAAAUUAAAAUAACAUUUAAAAAAUAUGCUUAAAGUGGUUGGAUCAGUGUCAUUAUGUUUUCUCUUAUGGGAUUAAACCUAAAUAUUCAAUCUCUUAUGCAACUUUAUUUCAAGUUAGAUAUGUAUUAAAAUGUUCAGUAAAACAAAAUAUAUAUAGAAGUAGAAAAGUACUAUGUUUACUAUAUAAGCUUUAUGUUAUAGCUUUGUUACAUGAUUUCAGUUUAUCAUUUGCUUGUUGUCUUGUUAAAAGUCUUUUUGUGUGAUUUGUGUGUUGACCUGCUACACUGUUAUGUACAGCCUAUGACUAUGUCAUGUGGAACAGUUAAUCAGUUUUGUAAACAGAAAGUCAUCUGUAUGUCUGGCAUUGAACCUUUUCAUGAUGUAUGGACAUUUCUUGGACUGUAUGUAUCAACCUUGACAAUGUUUUUUUUUUCUCUACGUAUUUAAUUUCACAUAUUUGAGCAAUGAAGAGUGAAACAUUUUAAUCAUCAUACUUUAAAUGCUUUGUUAAAUAGAUUUUAAAAAAAAAUUAAACCUUCAAGAAAAAAAAAAAGGUGCACUUUUGCCAUUGGUGUUGUUGAGGUGCAGUUUGGGUGAAAAAAAGGCCAUAAAAAAAGCCAGAUUUGAAGAUAGAGCUUUGUCAGAACCUGUGCAUGUAUGCCAUGCAUUGUGGGAAGCUAGAAGCAAAUUAAUGAGUUAAUGAACAGCCUCACCUCAAAUGACACAAUGGCUUGUGCAGUAAGUACUUUUGGCUGUAGUGAUAAGAUGGCCAGUCAGUUAAGUAGCAUAUGUAUGCUAACUUUGGAUUAAGAUUAUUGCACUACAUUUUUGUCUCUGGAAGAACAAGUCUACCACCAUUAGUCAUUUAUAUUGAGUGCACCAUAAUAAAACACUUUAACAAAAAACAACUAAACUUUUCAAAAUCAGAAGUUGAAUUAAAAGAUUGGAAUUA